AGUUUCAUUACAAUGGUCUACGGUGACGAGUUACAGUUCGGUUUUCUGGCGUAUCUCUUAACGAGUAUAGCAAUUUUUAUUGCCUCGGCCGCCAUUUAUGGUCUAAUUUUAUAUUUCACCAAAUUCAAGCGUAUUAUCGAAAUUACACGCAACAUACCCAGUGGCCCCACCUGGCCUAUUAUAGGCCAUGCCCAUCAUUUUAUAGGUGUGCCGGCCCACAUGAUGCUGCAACGCAUUUGGAAUUUGAGUCAGGAAAAUCUAACCGAUAAAAAGUAUAUGAAAAUCUGGUUGGGACCCGAAUUGAAUUUAAUAACCAGUGAUUUGAAAGAUAUUGAAAUAAUAUUGGGUGGCAUUGUGCACAAUGAAAAGGCUGGUGAAUAUAAGGUAUUGGAGCCCUGGCUAAAGGAAGGUCUGCUUAUAUCGCGUGGUCGCAAAUGGCAUAUGAGACGUAAACUGAUAACAGGAGCAUUUCAUUUUCAAAUUCUACCACAGUUUAUUGACAAUUUUGAAAAUGAAUCGCGUGUAAUGAUUGCGGAAUUGGAGAAGGCAGUGUGUGAGGGUGGCAAUAAGGCCGAAAUACAUUUGUAUGAGCUAAUAAGUUUGUGCACUUUGGAUGUUAUAUGUGAAUCUGCCAUGGGUGUUUCGGUACAUGCUCAGACCAAUGCUGACUCGGAAUAUGUCAGAGCCGUUAAAACAAUUUCUACCGUCCUCCACAAGCGCAUGUUUGAUAUUUUAUAUCGCUUCAACUUAACCUAUCAAUUCACCAAAUUGGCUCGCGAUGAAAAGAAAGCUUUGGCUAUAUUACACGGCUUCACUGAAAAGAUUAUCGUCCAAAGACGUGAAGAACUUUUGAAGGCCAAAGACACUGAAACACAAUCCCAAAUCGAUGAUGUGGGUUCUAAGCGUAAAAUGGCCUUCUUGGAUAUUUUACUGCAGUCGGAAAUUGAUGGUAAACCUUUAAGUAAUUUGGAUAUACGUGAAGAGGUGGAUACAUUUAUGUUUGAGGGCCAUGACACCACCUCUUCAGCCAUAACAUUCUGUUUGUAUAAUUUGGCUUUGUAUCCCAAAUGCCAGCAGAAAUGUUUCGAGGAGAUUAUACAAGUGUUUGGCAAAGAUAAAUCUAAACCGGUAACCUAUGAGGAUCUUAAUAAUCUACACUAUGUGGAAUUGUGCAUAAAGGAAACAUUGAGAAUGUUUCCUUCAGUGCCCCUGCUGGGCAGGAAGGUAACAGAGGAGUGUGAGAUAAAUGGUAAAAUAGUGCCUGCCGGCACCAACAUUGGGAUUUCACCUUUACAUUUGGGCCGUCAAGAGGAACUGUUUCCCGAUCCCAAUACCUUUAAGCCGGAACGCUUUGAAAUGGACUAUACCACCGACAAAAUGAGUCCCUAUGCCUACAUACCCUUCUCGGCUGGUCCACGAAAUUGUAUUGGUCAAAAAUUCGCAAUGCUGGAAAUAAAGACUGUUUUGACCAAUGUUUUGCGUCACUAUGAACUUGAUUAUGCGGGCAAUAAAGAUGAGGAACUAUUGCUGAUUGCCGAAUUGAUAUUGAGACCAAAAGAUCCAUUAAUGUUUAAAAUUACACCUAGAGUGUAUUAGUUUUACGAAAUUUGUGUAUAUGUUUUUUUAUAUUUGUGUAUCUAUGUGAGUGUUGAAAUAUUUAUAAAAGUUAUAAUGGAAACGAA